UAAGACACACAGAGAGAGAGAGAGAGAGAGAGAGAGAGAGGGUUUCUUCUCUGGGGUUGUGAUGGCGCACGGCGGCUAUGCCCGUCGGCGACCGGAGGAGAGGAGGCCGCUGGGCAGGCGAUCGAAAGGGCUGGGAGUGGACAAGAAGAGGAAGAAAGCCAAGUCAGUCACGCUCAAGAACCAGAUCCGUUCCACUGAACGGAUGCUCCGCAAGAACCUUCCCCCUGAGGUCAGGGAGGCUCAGGAAAAGAAAUUGGAUGAGCUCAAGAAACAACAGGAGAUACAAACUCGUUUAGCUGUUGAACGCAAAAUACAGUUGAGAGAUAGAAAGAUAAAGUUUUUUGAAAGAAGAAAGAUUGAAAGGAUGAUAAGGCGGCUUGAAAAACAGCAUCGUUCAUCAUCUGACCAUACUUUGGAGGCAAAAAUCUCUGAUCAGCUUUCUAAAUUAAGAGAGGAUCUUGAAUAUGUCAGGUUCUUCCCCAAGAGUGAGAAAUAUGUGUCAUUAUUUGUUGGAGGGGAUAAACCGGAUAUUGUUGAUAAGAGAGACAAAUUGAGGAAGCAGAUUAAGGCGAAUCUCAUAGCUGCUGCCGCUAGCGGAAAAGAUUUGGAAGAAACUGCAAGUGAUGAUGAUGUUCUAGAUACGAGUGAUGAUGAUUUCUUCUUAAGUGGAAGCUCCAGCGAUGAAGCAGAAGCAGAUGAUGAAUGGACAGAUAAAAGUGCAAGAGAACCAGCUUCAAGUGCUUCUGGCAAGGCCACAUCUGGCAUGUCAAGUGAUGAAAAGAAUCAGAGGCAGAUAUCUGCUCGAGCUCUCAUGCCACCUCCUCGGCCUUUGUCAGCAAUCAGAAACCAGCCGGCAAACAGAAAUCAGUCAGUUAAGAAGUUACCAGUGUCCACCUCCAGUAAUACAUCAUAUAGCACUAGUAGCGUUUCCUCCCAAAGUAGGGGAGUCUCCAAUGCAAGAACAGAUCAUAAUAGUAAUCUAAGUUCUAAUUCUGAUGCCCACAAACCUCGCCGGAAGAGAAGACCAAAGAAGAAAAAGCAGGCUUAAUGGCCCAAGCAAACAAGUUGGUGUUUCCCUGAUUUGCAUACACUGCUGUUGAAUCAUGGUGUGGCUGAUCCGAAUGUUUUCACCCGCUCUGCUACUUCGCUGCGGUAUCAAAAACCAAAAGAUAGCAUCUUUUAUGAUGUUCUUGAAUUAUGCAAAUCGUUUAACUGAUGGUAUUCGAAAAUUGUUAUGUGAUUGUCAAGUUCAUGUAUAACCAUACACCAGAUUCUCUUCUAAAAUUAUUGAAGCAUCAGGUGUACAAUUUCCAUUCUCUUCAUAAUUUUUUUUUAAAAUUAAUUCAUGCAGUAUCCAUUGUAUCCUAUAUGAGUGUUACAACUCCGUUGGAGAAGAGGAAAUGGAGAAGUUUCAGAUUGCAGUA